UGAGUGCAUAAUUGUUUCGAAUAGAUUCCUCUUCUUCGUGAACAUUUUUUCUAGUCAGUGUAACGUAUAAACGCAUUUAAAAAGUAUUUGAUUGUAUUCGUCAUUGUGAUAAAAUAAGACUAGAAAAUGAAAGGAAACAAUCAACGUGUUGCUGAUCCUGAUUUAUCUAAAUGCUGAAUAAGUGAUGUGUAAAAUUACUAGAUCAUAUAAGUGAAAAUGUAUGCGUAUGUUUUAGACCACGAAAACAUCAAGAUUCAGUGAAAUGGUGAGUUGUAACCAUUAAAAUGAAAGUCAUGUAAGUAUAGUUUAAAAUAUAAAUUUUACAUUGCGUGUUAUAAUGACAUCAUCUCGAGUGGGCAAUUCAUAAUAUCAAGAAAACGAAGUUCACUAACCCUGGCCCGUAUAACUCCAUAUGGGGAACUGUCAACCAUAUCGUAUCAAAGUUGUCUAAAUUAAGAUCGGUUGCAGACAGUUUACUAUUGAACUGUGUAACUGAUCUCUAAUAGGUUAGCAAGCCGAUUCUUCAUCCAUCCAACUAGACUGAGAGUUAGGAAACAUCUUUCAGGGUGACAAUAGGAGCUCUACAGUCGAAUCAUUUAACCGAGAGAAUACAAUAUUAAAAUACUAUUAGCGAAUAUGAAUGGUUUGAUACAAGCUAUAGUUCAUAUAUUAUGAUCGGUAAACUAACAAUGAUAACUCAAAGGACUUGUAUUUUAUGUACUCUUUAAAAAGUAUUAUUGAUUUCUUCUGAUACAUUAAACAUAGCAAUCAAGGUGUCACUAAGUUUUAUUUUGUUGUUUUACUGAAAUAGGCGUUACUGGUGUUGUACGUAUUGAUGCGAAUGGUGAUCGUAACGCUGAUUAUUCUUUACUGGAUAUGAACCCUGUAACUGGAGACUUCGAAGUGUUUAGGUGUUUUGAACUUAUCAUCAAUAACAUUCUAUACAUAAAAAUAUUGACCUAGUUGUGAAAAUCGUACCAUGGAGUUUGAUGACUUCUUAAAAGCAAGUAGCAAGAAAAGCUAAAGCAAUUAAAUAAUACUGAAAUCGAUAUUCUGUCUUUAUAGCAAAAUGCUGUUUUAGUGUUUAUUAUAUUUGAUUUUUCCCGCUAAACUUUAUUUUUAUGAUGUUCAACUGUCUGUUACGGUCAUUCAGUUAAGCAUUUCAUUAGUGGUAGUUAGAAAAGUAUGUUACUUUGAUAUAAUGCUGAGAUAAUAGAAAAAGAUUUGUAACGCUCAACUGGAACAAACUCCAUCAAAAGUUGUAAAACUUUUUCCUACACAAAACCACUUGUUAUACCUAAGUUUAGACGGGUUUGAAGCGAAGAAUUUUCGCUCAAUUCUGAUUUAUACAACGAAAAAGAAAUCAUUGCUAUUCAUACACCAAAAUGUAGGUCGGGUGUGAACAUCUGACUAAUCACAUAUUUCGCUACUUAGUGGUAGUACAAUUGUCUUUAAAGCCUUUUAUUCAUUCAGCAUUGGUAAUAUAGCUAGAUUCCUUCAGAAACUAGGCUUCUUAUCAAAAAUAUUCCAGUUUAACCCCUAAUACAGCUCAAUGACAUUUAUAGUCACGUAUGAUUAGUGAAUAUUGAAAUAAUGACAUUUCGCCUUUGUAAUCUUACCAGUGGUCAGUUGAAUAUAGUCAGAUAUGUGUAUAUCAGUGUAGAACUUUAUUUUGCAUGAAAUAAUUCAUUAUGGUAUGAUUAUCACAGAACUGUUACAAUGUCUGGUACUGACUGCAUUUAUUUAAAUAUCAACCAGUCAGGAUUACAUUCCUUGUUUCUACGAAAGUCUUAGUUAUUGGUUCACAUUCUCCCUUUUUUCCAUCCUUCCUUUCAAGUUAUUUUUUAAAACUGUCACUGUUUGCUUUGUUAUGUAAAGUUAGUCCUAGUAUUGUUUUUCAUAUUCAAUCAGUACAUUUUAGUAUUUAGCAAAGUAAGUAAAGAAAACAAAGUGGAAAUCCAAGAAAACGGAAAAAAGUGUCUAAAGCUUUCUUUUUUCGUGUUAAAUAUUAUCCUCUUUCAAGAUGUAAAUGAUUGUAUGUGCACAUACAUGUAUGUUUGUGCAUAUCUGUACACGUGUAUACAUGUUAGAUGAUAUAAUUCAGUGAAUUUCAUUGAUGGUCUCCAGGGAAUUAUCUUCUUGUCAGUGUUUUUUACACACUUCACUAGUUUAUAUAUAUAUAAUUUAGUACCCAUUUAUUUUCUAUCAUUUAGCGUUAGUAACUAUUGUAAACAAUAAUAAUGUUAUUCAUAGUAAUAACAAGAGAUAUACUGUAUUCUGUUGAUCAUUCUCUGUUCAUUUUUCUCAUAUUUGUCACAUUUUGAAAACAAAACUAGAAAAAAUAAUCGUAUGCUUUAUCUGCAAAUUGAAACCCCCUUCCAAAAAAGGAAACCGAUAAAACAAUUUUGUUUCAGUUGUUUAAUUAUAGUUCAAAUAUAGCUGAAUAUUACAUUAGUAUCAAUAUGAGGAUAUGAUUUGUACUUGAUACGAAUAUCUGUUUGUCCAUACUCAUUCAGAAGUAGUCAUAAACAUCUAUAACGUCUAGUAAAUUAAUGUAACGCCUUAGAAAUUAAGUUUAUAUCGUUUGAUGCUUUGAUUGAAAAAAUUAUUCGUCAAAUUAUAUUGGUAGAAAAGUGGUUGAUAACUGCCAAAACUUCAUUAUUAAUAAUAUUCAAAAUGUAAUUCUAUAUAGGAUGGUAUUAUUCAGUCAUAAAUAUUUCCAAAGCACAUUGUCCUCAUAUGAUGCUUCCGCCGCCAAGUGGGUAGUCUUGAGAGUAAGCGUAGAUAAACAAGACUGUUAACCUUUAUCGACCAUGGCGUCUGAAAUAUAUAUGACAUAUAUCUAGCCAUCAUAUUUCCCGACAUCCAGUGGUAGCUGGGAUAAGAGUAGGUCACAAGAAAUCUAGAAGUAUUGACAGUGAAUAAUUAACUACUCGACUGAAGCGUAUUCGUUCGUGUAGAAUUUGGCUCCCCAAGGCAGUCUUAAUCUAUAUAUUUGGAAAUUCUUAGUGACAUAAUUUGAAAUCGACCUCAUUAUCACAGAUAUAUUCAUUUUUUCUUUUUUCUAGUUGUUGAUUAUUAAUAUUGUUCCAUACGUUAUGUUUCUUUCGGUUUAAUUUGUUAUUUUCGAGUCUUAUUCUUAUUGUUCUAUCAUCAUUUUUACAUUUGUUUUAAGUAAAUAGCUCUUAAAUCGGUUAAUUUUCACUCAUUGCGCUGGUUUCUAACGUAUCCUAAGUUGCACGUUAUUUCCAACUGACUGACUAUUUGAUCGAAUUGAGACGUGAUAUCAGUCCAUGAGGCCAUUAACUGUUGAACUUCGUCGUGUUGAUAGGUAUAUACUAACUGGUCAGGGGCUGUACAUUUAUCGUAAUCAAUUGUUGAAGAGGUCGACUGACAUGGCCGAAAAUCACUUUCACGGGUGUAGAUGAGCUCACUUAUAGAUGAUGAGUUCCAGAACUAUAUUUUAUAAAUAUAUUGUUUUCAUCUCACGAAUUCAUUGUUUCUUAUUGAAUCAUAUUUUCUACUCCUUAUCUUUUCUACCGCUACUGAUAAUGUUACUACUUCUAGUGCUCUGGGGUUUGUCUUAGUAACUUCAUCUCAUUGCGUCAAUGGGGUUUGGCGGCUUGAAGCGAAGUACGUAUGUUCUAGGUUUUAUGUUGUUCAUGUCUGAUUGGAUAUUGCUCAUUCCAUUGUCUAUAAAUAUAAACUAAGUCAAAAACUGAGUUAUUAUGUACAAAAAUGCAACAUAUUAGAUGUCAUCUACAAGAUAUGAGUAACCUAAUUAGCGAACUGCCUUUACUUCACCAGUUUAAUGAGUAGCUUAUGAUCGAUUCACCAAAAUGAGUUUAUUUCGGUUAUUCGGUCAGUCAAUCAACAUCAACAUAGAACCAAGAAAAUAUAUGAGUUGACACAAGCUGCUAUACCACAUUGGCACGACAAAAUGAAUAUAAUAAGAAUUUAAGAACAGAUAGAAGUAAUGUGAUGGCAACGAUAAUGAGAAAUAUUGAACAUUUAGAAUAUCGUUUUAAAAAAUAAGGUAUUAAUUUGUGUAUAAAGAAAUACUGGAAUCGCAUAUUGAGAGGAAUAUAAAGAGCUGAUGCACCAGGAUCAUAGCAAUCGAUUCUAAUCCAUGUCACUCAAAAUCUUCAGCCACUGAUCUCGGUCAUCCUGUGGAUCCAAAUUGGGUAGUCUGAAUCAACCUACAUGACUUCGACCAAUAUUCAAUAACUUUAUGUACUGAUACCAUGCCUUCAAAUUUCUUCCAACCAAGUUCCAUAUCAGGAACCAUAGCACGUUGAGAUAGAAGGUGGUUCGAUAUAUGUAACAAAGGAAACAGCAACGUAAGUUACUAUGUAUUGAUUUAAAAAUGUUCUUUUUGAUUAUUUAAUAAAAUUGAUCGUACUCGUUUCGUUUCGUAACACCUAAUUCAGUAUUUUAUUUUUUUUUGUUUUUAUGAUGUAUUCACUUUCUUCUGUCGUUUGUUUGUUCCCUUCUUUCUUUUCUGCAAAAAAAAAAUAAUAGGUUGUCGUAAAUUAUUUUGGUAAUGAUAAGUCUUUAUCAACUGUUCCCGGUAGAACAAUUGAUUGGAUAAAUGCUGAUAAUCAACCUCCAUUGCAUACACCACCAUGUGGAUUCGAUGGUUCCGAAUGUCAUAAUAGUCAUUUUAUUCAUAUUGGAAUUAUUGGUGCAGUUGUAUUUAUUUUAUUAAUGACAAUGUCUUUAGUCUUGGGAAUAAUAUUCUAUCGCCGUGCUAAAUUCCAGGCGGAACUACGUGCUAUGAAUUGGAUUAUCCCAUGGGAUGCGUUGCUAGUGACAGAAAAACAUUUACGACGUUAUCGACGUGAGAGUGAUAUUCGUUCACCUAACCAAUCAUCUGAUCCGUUGAGAAAAAUAUCAUCGGAAACAUGUACCGCUGCAGCAAGUAAAUCUUUACUCAUUGGUAGUGAUCCAACAAACAAUGAAAAUCCAACACAAUAUUCAAAUACAGUUGAAUUCUGUACAACAGUCGAUGAAAUUUCUCCAGAGAAACCAAAUCGUAAAAUUUCAUUUAGUAAUCUUAUUUUAUCUGCUAUUAAUUCUUCCGGGAGUAACUCUAGUGGAACUGGUACAAAUUUACCCACUGAUAAAAAGCGUCGAAAAACAUCAACUUCUGGAAGAUUUUUAGCUCGUUUCGCUGGUGAUUCGAUAAUAUUACCACCGACAGUAUUUGAAGAGUCUUGUUCACAAACUACAUCACCAUCUAAUUAUGUUGGCUAUACGCAUUUACAAGGAGUUAAUGCAAAUAAACGUCAACAUCGUUUAUCUAGACGGAGUAAGACAAAUGAUGAAAAUCAAGUGAUUGAUAUUAAUAGUCCAACAAACGGACAAAAUAGUAAAGGAAUGCCAGAAUGGACUUACUUUAAACACCCGUCUUUUGAUUAUACGUUUACUAAUAAACAAAAUAAAUAUCGAAAGAAACAUGAUAGUGUUGGGAUGGAUGUAAGUUCUAUUAUUAUUGUUAUUAAUGUAAGGUAUAAACUGUUCCUUUCUGUAAUAUUUUUCCCACAACUUCGCGUUGAGAUGUUUAAAAAUAGAAUGUAGACAAGAUACUUGAGAUUUAAUGUAUAUCAACUGAUAUACAAUAAACUUGAAACUUGUUGAAACUUAUUAUUGGAAAAACGUCGAUAAAGGAGAAAUAUAAUGGAAAAGUAUAAAUCAUAACUAAAUACUUGAGGAUUAAUGGUGGUGGUAAGAUAAAUGUAACUUUUGUAUUGUUACUAUUGGUUUGGAAUUGUCUGUUGGCAUACAAUUUCCGAACGAUUAUUUAUGAACUACCAUUGACUUUAUUUAAAGCUAUAUACUUACAUAAUUAGCUUUCUGUAGUGCUACAAUUUAAAAACUUUUCUACCUUACAUUCUAUUUAUCUAAUAUUUCAUGGAGUAGUUGGUUCUUAGAUGUGAACAAUAUAUCGUCGGAUUAUGUCAACCAAUCGACUUUGUAUACAUAUCCUUCGGUUAAUCUCUUUUCAUUGAGAUUCUAUGUCUAACUUGAGAAUUUUUAAUGUUUAAUGUUUCUGUUAAGCUAAAGUGAUAAUCUGAAAACACCAAUUACCAUAUUAUUUAAUAGAUUCUUAUAUUGUCUACAUUUAUCGGAUAAUUUUUGCGACCGAUAAGUGUGUUCUGUCCUUGAUAUCCUUGGUGUAAAAGUAGAUGUUUUGUUCACGGAUCUACAAUUUAUGUAAUUUGAUGAACAGUGACGCAAUUAUACUUUUUAUUAUGGAGAUUCCCUAGGUAAUCAGUUCUUCAAAACCUACUAUAACAUCUAUUUGAUGAAAAGAUUGGUGCAUUAUUGAUUAGUCAGAAUAACUUAUUUAGUUGUGUUUGUGACAAAAACUAACUUUUUUCUGCUCGAAAUGAGCUAGUUUAUUUAUUUAUUAGUGUUUUUUUGUUUUAAUUUAUUACCAUUCUUCAUAUAGAGGAAUGUUCAGGAUUGUGCAUUCUUCACUCAUUCAUUCAUUACAUUAUUCGUUUUAUUUUCUGUUUCUUUUUCUCUCUUCUUUGUGUUUGUUUUCCUCAAUCUAGUCUGAUUAUAAUCCGUUAAUGGAAUUCGAUUUUUUCAAAAAGAAAAAGGUGAGGUAGAGUGUUAUUUUCCUUAUUAAAAAUUAGUAAGAGAUUAUACUUAAAAUAUUUUUUUGGGUUUGUAUUAAUAUUGUGUUUUUACUAGUAACAAGACACCUAAUUGAAUAAGACUAAACUUGUAAGUCAUGUCAUUCAUAACUUUUUAGUGUGUGACAUAACCAGAACUUGUCAUACACACAUUCUCUUCCGAGUCAUCAUCUCGAAAAAUUUGAUGAGUACGAUUGAAAUUUGUAAUGAUGAUAAAGAGUUUUUUGAUCGAUUUAUAGAUUGCCCUCUUAUUAUGGCUCUUGUGUUUGCUUUGCACAAACUAUUUGGUUCCUGAAAUUCUCUACACGUUGAAUCUUAAAUAAUUUUUUCUUUAAAUGGUAGCAAUCCGACCGAAGUAUUUUCUUCAAAGUUAUCUAUAAUGACUAUACAUAGUUGGGAAGUGAUAGCAAUUAACAGAGUAAGUGCCAAAAAAGAAAACAGUCUUUACUUCCUUACUUAGUUAUGGUUGUUACUCCCAAUAGAGCAUAGGCCGCCGACCAUCAUUCUCCAACCCACUCUAUCCUGAGCCUUUCUUUCUAGUUCUAUCCAAUUGUUGUUCAUUUUUCUCAUGUCUAUCUCCAUUUCCCGGCGUAAUGUGUUCUUUGGUCUUCCUCUUUUCUUUUGGCCUUGAGGAUUCCAAGUGAGGGCUUGCCUUGUGACGCACUUGGGCGUUCUCCUUAAUAUGUGUCCUAUCCACUUCCAGCGCAUCUUCCUAAUUUCUUCCUCUGCUGGGAUCUGAUUUAUUCUCUCCCAUAGUAUGUUGUUGCUGAUAGUAUCUGGUCAACGGGUCCGAAGUAUUUUGCGUAGACAACUGUUAAUAAACACUUGUAUCUUCUGGAUGGUGACUUUCGUAGUUCUCCAGGUUUCUGCCCCAUACAGUAGAACUGUCUUGACAUUUGUAUUGAAAAUCCUGACUUUGGUGUUGGUUGACAGUUGCUUUGAGUUCCAGAUGUUCUUCAAUUGUAGAUAUGCUGCUCUUGCUUUAUCGAUCCGCGCCUUCACAUCUGCAACAGAUCCACCGUGCUCAUCAACGAUGCUGCUCAGAUAUGUAAAGCUUCUUACAUCUUCCAAAUCAUCUCCGUCAAUUGUGAUUUGAUUGUUGCGUGUUGUGUUGUAUCGGAGAAUCUUGCUUUUCCAUUUGUGCAUGUUGAGACCUACUGCUGCUGAGGCUGCUGCUACACUGGUCGUCUUCUCUUGCAUUUGUUGUUGCAUAUGCGAUAGGAGGGUCAGAUCAUCUGCGAAGUCUAGAUCUUCCAGCUGCAUCCUAACUGUCCACUGUACCUCAUUGCAUUUCUCAACGAUUGACUGCAGCUUAUCGUUGAAUUGAUCUCCAAAGUUUUCAUCGUAAUCGUUGGUAGGCGCAUAGCAUUGGAUGAUGUUCAUUGUAAUACCCUCUCUCUUUCUUUUGAAGAAGGCUUUAAUGAUCCUGGGUUCGUGAGAUUCCCAUUCUAUAAGUGCUUUUUGUGCUUGUUUGGAUGGCAUCAGUGCAACUCCGUGUGUAUGUGGAGCAUUUUCUUCGUGUUCGGAGUGUAACAGCAGCUCUCCUGGAGCUAGUCUUUUUGUACAACCUGCGUCCAGUGUGUUUCAUUGAUUCCAAGCACCUCCAGGUUGUAUCUCUUCAUUUCUGCAGCAAUUUGGAAUACUCUCCCGGUCUCCCACAUUGUACGAGCAUUCCAUGUACUUAAAUAGAUGGUUGCUCUGGUUAAUAGAAGGGGCAUCAGCCUCGUGAAUCGCGAAGGAACUCGGCUUUCAUCAUGAGACAUCAUAACUCUUCUAAAUGCAGACCUUCUAACACCUAGGGCAGAGUUUAAAUGGUUUCCAGCGAGUUAGUUUUCUACUGGAUGGGGUCACUAACCCCCAUGCUCAACCCUCUUCCUUUAUUCGAGCUUGGGAUCGGCAGUAUCCCUAGAGGAGCUCCAGGUGGAGUUGAAACAGUCUUUGCUUUGAUUUAAAUGAAUGGUGUAGAUCCUUUGAACUCAUGCUUCUUUUAAAAAUAUUUUACUACUAACUAAUAUGUUAUAGAUUAUUUCUCUUUAUAAAUUUUAAAUCAGGAAGUAACAUCGUUUGGCAUAAUAUAAUAGGUUAUGGCUAACAGCCUACUUGAUAAGUACGUACAAACUCAUUGAUCCAUUAAGUUUAAUUACACUCUGUGAUUUGUUUUAUUGAGGCCUUUUUUCAGUAUGGGGAUUUGUGAAAAACAUGUCAGUGCGUAAACAUUUUAAUAAUAUACUUAUAUGCACAACAUUCUAUUGUGUUUGUUUAUUCUUCUACUAUUAAAUGCAUUUUUUAACUCGAAAGUCUCCACAACACUUUACUAACAAUUAUCAAUUCUCACUAGGGACUAGCUUAAGAGAAAAUUUCGGCAUUUCUAGUGAGAGGCCGUGACCAUUUGAGCUAAUCCGUGUCGGUCCUAAGGCAUUUACCCACCCAAGACAAUAGAAGACGGUCGCGCAACGUGGUGUAUUGAUUGAAGUCAGACAUUAGCACCGUUGGAUGCUGGCUUAGUGGUCUAGAGGAGUGGGUGCGUGCAGCUGGAGAGUUCUCGUGCUAGGAAGAAACGGCUGUUCAAUAGUUAUUUAACUUAUGUCGUUUCACGACUACAAUGAAAAGCAUUUUUUGCCAAUGUGAUAAAAAUGCAAUUUCGUUAGUCUGAGCAAAAGAUCAAUGACCAUUAUUUUAAGUGGUAAUCCUCUUUAUUUGUAAACAAUUUCAGAUUUUUUUAUUUAAAAAACAUAUUCCUAACCAUCUCCUAGCACGCUCAAUUUUAUCACCAACUAAAUAAAUAAUGUCUAUCAAAAAGCUUUCUUGUUAGAAUAUGUAUGACAACAACGAUUAUUAAUAUUUUUAGGCAACACACUGAAAUGUUUCUUUGCGCUGACGAAAAAUAUUUCACAACAAUGUAUUACUCCUGAUUAGUGAAUAAUUGGUCAAUUACAUGACUCUACCAUCAUUCUGAUUGAAUUCAAUUAAUUCGGUGCAUCAAAUGUUUUAGUAUUUGGAAAGGGAUAAAGGUUUAAUAGUUGGAAAAUUUAUUCUAUGAUUGUUCAUGUCUAUACUUAUUCAUCUGGCGUUGUUUAUGUAAUUAAUAAUAACAUAUAAGUAUAUUCAAGUCACUGAGAAAAACAGUAUAUUAUGAUUGUUAUAAGAAUUCCUGAAUCAUAGCAGAUCAUUAUUUUUUGUAGCCAAAUAAUUAUGUUCUUGAUUGUUGUGGAUGCGGAGGAAUAGACCAAUAAUUAUCAUGCUAAGUCCAAUGGUGUCCUUGGACUUUAAAUGGACAUUUCCUAUUGGUCGACAUCUGUUCACUUGUUGAAUAUUGUACAAAAUGUUGUUUUCUAUUUUAUGGUACGAUGUGGUAUGCUUGAUUGGUAUAUAAACAAAGUAUGUUUGAAAUAUAAUGAUUCAUAACUCAGAGGCUGUGACUUGUGUUCUUGACUCAACUGGCUAGGACAGACAACGAAGCAGGGCCAAUCGGGGCACUAGGUCGUCCACUACGUGUUUACGUGUCCACUGUAAUCGGUCGAUAUAAACGCUGCUUAUCAAAACCUGCAGUCACACCCGUUACAACAUUGAUAAUAACUUUUAAGUCAAAAUAAGAAAUUCAACAUAUGACACUCAGUUGAUAUUUGGCCUAGCUACUAUGUCCAGAUAGCCACUCACUUACGUAAUGGGUAUAAAUUUUGAUUUUGUUUGUAAUUGUGUUUGUUUAUCUAUUUGUUGAUAUAUCUAAUUGAAUUUCGGUCAGUCUUAGUUUAUAUAUGUGCUUGCAUCCAGUUCAAAUCGCCUCGAUAUAUCCAUUACAUCACUAUAAAUAAAUGAAAUAUGGCUAGCAGUGGAAUCCAUAUUCUGUCAUUUUCAAUUAUUUAUUGUUUGUUUCUAUAAAGGACAAGUUUAUAUGUGUUUAUAAGAGAAUGCUAAGUUUCUUGUUUUAAAAAUAGAAGUGUUCAGUUUACUUAUUCUCGACGAUGCGGAUAUGCUUAUCUCCUUCCAUCUUUAUUCCACUUCUAAAUACAAAUAUGCUAAAUACCAUUGACUUCCUCUCGCCUCCCCCUAUGAGAUAAAAGUGAAGUUGUUUCCUUUUUUGCUUGCUUUUAUCACAGUGGAGUCUUAAAAACUCUAUCAUUCUAACUUCAAAAAUGUUCACUCUUAAUCAUAUUUAACAAUUUUGUCUUCUAGGAUUUUUUUUCAGCACUUUUAAGAAAUGAAUGUUUAUAGUGUCUUACUCUUGGUACUGUUUGUAACGAAUAAAACCCGUCAGUUAUAGCAUAUAAUUACUUUCAAAAAACUUAUGUUCUUUCCAAGUGUUUUUUAUCAAUGAUAAAUUUUUGAUCUCCUCUGCAGCAUCAUGAGGCACUUAGUUCGAACCCUAACUCUUUGUUUCUUGUUGAGUUCAUCGUCGAAAUCGAUGUUACUAAUGUAAUAAAAAUAGUUGAAUACAAUGAAGCCGUACCUGAAUGAUUUGGACUAUUAAUGUGUAUUUUGUUCUUCCUCUCAAGCAUAACUAGGGUUUUUAGCCUCGUAGUUGUUUAUCUUUUCUCUUUGUAGUUGUUUCAUCCAAGCUGUUUUCUAGGUAUAUAUUUUUUUAUUUUCUCACUGCGCUAGUGAAGUCUGUGACUAAAAAUUUAUUGUACAUACCUAAAACAUAGAACUAUUCACUAAUUUAAUAACUCUUUACUAUCAUUUAUUGAUAUCAUUCCCCGUACUGUACAUUAAUUUGUCGGUGUUAAAAAACAGAAUACAUACAAUAUAUAUACAUAUAAAUACAAAUUAUUGUAUUUUACGUAUUGAUAUUCAGCAACUUUGUCUAUCUACUUUUCUUCUUAUUCUGCAUGGAUCAUUUUUACUGUUUUACUAAGUUAUCC